AUGAUUUGCCUUUCCAAAGCAGACGAGUCAUUCUACCAGCGUUUGACCUGGAACCAGACUCCUUCGCCCUUGGCUUCCACUCACACCACGCGACAGGAUAUGAAUGGCAUCUCCAACCUCCGCGAGCAUGUUGAAGCAGGACAGGAGGAUGGAAGCGGAGGUACGAAUGGGGGUCUCUUAAAUGGGCACGAUGAUAGUAAUCAAGCAGGGAGUCAUCCUUCUGAGCCAUUCAUGCGCUCUCUUAAGGAUGCGGGACGACUGUCCCGUAUCUCGGGACUGUCCUCGUGUCUUAAGACGGUUGAUGGUGGUGAUGGCCAUAUCCGUCUUCCUCGAGGCACCCUCUCGUCAUGUGCCUCGCACAUCUGGAGUUGGACCGUCUGGGUCCUCUCUGUUCUUGUCGUCUCGACGCUCAUCUCAUACUGGAAAUCUCCCGCGCCCGUCGCUAUGGCUUCACCUCCCAAGGCCCACGAGUCGAUUCCUGCCCAGGUUUCGCCUCUGCGCAAACGAGACACUUGCGAGUCUGGAGGUGUCAGCAAGGAUGAAUACAAUACCCCUCUGCACGUUGGAGCUCUAUUUAUCAUCCUGUGUAUGUCGACACUCGCUUGUGCAUUCCCCAUUCUGGCUACCAAGUUCCCAGGCCUGAGGAUUCCAGCUCGCUUCUUCUUUGCUGUGCGACAUUUCGGUACCGGUGUGCUGAUCGCUACGGCCUUCGUUCAUCUUCUCCCCACUGCCUUCAUUUCUCUUGGAAAUCCUUGCCUGGACAGUUUCUGGAGCAAGGACUACCCUGCUAUUCCUGGUGCCAUUUCUCUCGCUGCUGUCUUCUUUGUGACUAUGAUUGAGAUGGUUUUCCAUCCUUCUCGACAUACUUCACCUGCUGAGAUUACAUCCACCAAAAGCGACAGUGAAGAUAGUUCCUCCAACAGUGGUGGUUGUAUGGGUGGUACUGGGAUGCUCCCUCUUCGUGACAUGGGCCCUAUCCGUGGACGAUCCUCCAGUAUUGGACAGGGCCUUUCCGUUCUCAACAGCAGGGAUCAACGCAUGGAGAAUCUGGAAGAAGAAGCUUGCGAAGAUGACGACAACACCCAAUCCGGAAGAAAGAACCUCGAGGAGACGAGCCUCGAGGCUGCACAGAUGCCUGCCUUAACCCCAGAGCAGCAGCAACGCAAGGAGCUUCUCCAGUGUGUUCUGCUCGAGGUUGGUAUUCUCUUCCACAGCAUAUUUAUUGGUAUGGCGCUCAGCGUUUCUAUUGGCAAUGAGUUUAUUAUCCUUCUCAUUGCCAUCGUUUUUCACCAAACCUUUGAAGGACUGGCUCUGGGAUCUCGAAUUGCUUCUAUCAAGUGGCCAAAGGGUGAGAUGCAGCCGUGGUUCAUGGCUCUUGCAUAUGGGUGCACUACUCCUAUCGGACAAGCUAUCGGUCUUGGUACCCACACCCUUUACAACCCCAACUCUGAAACCGGCCUUAUUGUUGUUGGUGUCAUGAACGCCAUUUCGGCUGGGCUACUCAUUUUUGCGUCCUUGGUUGAGCUUCUCUCGCAGGACUUUCUCAGCGACGAGAGCUGGCGAUUUCUCCGUGGUCGCAAGCGUGUCUAUGCCUGCAUUCUUGUGUUCUUCGGGGCUUUUUUCAUGAGCCUUGUGGGUGCUUGGGCUUGA